AGCGGUCCAGCCUUUGUUUGCUAGUAACAAGUAUGUACAGCUUCGACGGCUUGUUUCAACAGGAUGCAAAACGCUAACAUGCUGUUAACUUGUAGCUUCAUGUAAUACCUGUGGCCUAAAGAACAUAAGAUGUCUCCAUUUUGACUUUGAUGUCAGCUUUCCUACCCACAUUUGAGCAAACCCUUUCAUAGAUAUAAUCACCAUGGAACCAAGAAAAGAAAGUGGGCCCAUUGGUGUGACAGAGCCUUUGAUUGGGGACUCUGGACAAACUGUGAGGGGGCUCCAUCUUGAGGUUAUGUCUUCAUCUGAGUCAUGUGAUGUGAACCUUCCAGAGCCACAACCAACCAGGUCACUGAAGUGGACUGCCCUCAAGCUCUUUGGGGGCAGAAAAAGCAUAUGCAGUCUGCCAAGCUUCUUUAGGGGUCGAAAAUGUCAUGGAAAGGGAAAUUCAAAAAAGGGGAUAAACAAGAGCAAAACCCACGAUGGCAUCAGCAAGGUGAGCUGGGAAGAUGGAGGUAGAGCAGGGGACAUGCCAACAAAAGACUUUGAAUACCACACACAAAAAGACUCUGCCUUACCAAGCAGCAAGAGUUCACAGGUUAUGAAUGAGUUUUCUGAAGAGCGUGUGUCCUCCUGUCUGCCGUCACUCAGUGGUGACCAUAAAGCCUUUUGGGACAAGUCCUUGCCCUUCCGCCGACCAAAGAGAGGACUAAAAGGUUUCUUUAACAGCCUCAGGUGUCCCAAAAAGCACAGAAAUGCUGAAUCUGGAAAUCGUGAGGCUUUUGAAAUGUCGGGAGACAUCAGUGAACACAUGAUACGUCCCACUGAGUCUGAGAUUGAUAACCACGACCCAAAGAGUGUGGGUAAUUUAGUUGAACCCAAGCCUCCUGCUUCUGAUGUCAAAGAUACUUUAAUUAUAACAUGUGAAGUAAAUGAGGAGGCUUUUGUGUCUAAAAACAGUAUUGACUGCACCGACCAAGACAGCUUGAACUCACUGACAGGUGCAGUUCUAGAGCUAGCAUCAGAUGCUCUGAAUAUUGCUACUGAAGGUGAGGCUCUUUGCUCAAAUGUUGAUCUUGACCUUGCCCUUACGCCUGUAGCCAGGCUGGAACUAACACAGGAGGGUAAACAGUUUCAGCCACCUGACCAUAUUGGGGUGAAAUCAGCGGAUGAGGCCUCUCUGAAAAGCUUUGACUCGCUGACCGGUUGUGGUGAUGUCAUUGCCGACCAGGAUGAGGACAGCAUUGCUGAUAGGACAGUUCUGGGAGAGAAAGGCCGCUGUGCUGCCAAGCGGAGCUCCAGCUAUGUGAAUUACCAAGGUGGAGGGGAAGAAAUGGCCACUCCUGAUGAGGUUGACAGUGUAGAUUAUCUUAAGGGACUGUGGGAAAGUGAUAUAGUUGGAAAGGUGGGCAGCUGUCCCCGAGAGCACCCAUGUGAUAUUAGCCUAGCUGAAGCACCACUGAUUCCCUCCUCCAAUAUGGAUGCUGGUGGCAAUGGCAGUAGUUUACAACAUGUAACUGGCACUGGCCAUGCACCAGUGCUUGCCUUGACACCUCAGAGUGACCAGCAGGGGUCACUGCCUAACAGUGAUGAAGGCUAUUAUGAUUCUACCACUCCGGGUCCAGAUGAGGACAGACACGACAAUAUUGUUGGAAUUGCCAACGAAAGGCUUCCGAGGGACAGUUAUAGCGGUGAUGCCCUUUAUGAGCUCUAUGAGUCAGAGGACCCCCUCACAAGCCCCCCUCUGGAGGGGAAGCACUCCAUCAAAACAUUGUCAUCCACACUGGACUCUUUAGAUUUUUUGUGCUUGACAUCUCAGACCCCUGAGGAAGAGCAUCUCCCUGGACAGGAGUGUGCACAGCAGGGUGUACAGAAUUCAACUGCCAAGGAACAGGCUGAAUUCAAAUUCUGUUUUAAAAAUAGUCCCACUGAGUGUAUCACAAGGCUAAAUAAAAAACAAGCUUGUCAAAACGAGGAGCAGCAGGUUAUUUCAUGGACACCAAGUCUGAAAGGAGAGCGUGUUUCAUAUGAAUAUGGUUGCCUUAAUGACAGAAACAAGAAUGGUCAAAUUGUGUCCUACUUUCAGAAAAUAAAAGACAAUCAUCUAGAUGACACAAAAGUGGAAGAUGUCAUCUGUACCACUGCUGUCCCAAAGUCAGCUCUACCACUGCGAGAUUUAUCCUCAUAUGCAGUGCAAGGUCAGCGAAAGGACCUUCCAGAGAAUCAAGGGAAAACACAUCCUUCAAGCAAUGUUGAGGUAGAAGCAGAACGUGGCAAGACUGUUUGCUAUUCCCAAGCACUUGUGAACUUCACGAAUAACGCCAAGCUUUUCAGUAAUCUCUCGCGGAGUCCUGAACCUGGCUCUGUGUUUGCCCAGAACAUGGAGGCUCUUCCAGCUAUGGUAACUUUUGAUGUAUUUGAUACAGAAAAUGAGGGUGAAUGUGAUCGUCACACAGAGAUGGAGACGGAGAUAGAGCUGGAAAUGGAAAUGGAAAUGGAAAUGGAGAUGGAGAUGGAGGGUACAGAUGAUGAUGUUGAGUCUCCCUACGAGUCCUCACCAUAUGAAAGCUACCUACAGAAGGAUGCUUUUGCAGAAUGGGAUGACAAAAUGUUAAAUGACUUUGACCGGAGUUUGUUCUAUAAUAACGCCUGGGGGGUUGCAAGUCUUCCACGGUAUUAUGGUCUUGCUGGUAUUAGCCCGCCUGUACCUGCUGCACUAUCCGCAAAGAGGAGGAGCAGGUCCCUAGACACAGAUGCCUUAGAAUCUGAAAUAAGUGACUUGUGUCUGACAAAAAAGCCGAAGCCUGUGUUGAUUGAUCUUCCGAAAUCUGAACAACGUUCCAUUAACACAUCCCCUCUACACCUGAAAACUAAUGGCCACUUAGCCAACCCAGAAACGCAGGGCAGAGCAGAAACAACCCUCUCAUGGCAACCACAGACUUCAGGAAACUCGGUGCCUUCGCUAACUGAUGAGAAAAGAAUAGGCUGGAUGCAGAGUGUUUUAGAAGGGGCCAAGCCAGCAUUCCAUCCGCAAUCUCAGCACAUAAGCCAAGCUACUAAAUGCAAAAUCAGACCUCAGAUUUCCAAGUGUGCAGUGGAGGAGAAAUUGGGCUGUAAUUCAACACUGCAGAGCCCCGGACAGAUGGUCAAAUCGUCACAUCUGCCAGUACAAUGUGGUCCCCACAGCUUUCAACCUGAUCCGUCCAUGUCAGGCACCCCAGGAGAGUUCUUAUGCAGGGAUCCCACUCAAGUAACCGCAUUAGACGACAGGAACCAAGCACAUUUCCCACAGAAACAUUGUGCGGAGCAGCCCCACAAGUCUAUCCAACCACCUUCGAAGAUCAGACCUGUGGGAAUCACUCGAGGGAUGCCUCAUUUCCGUCCAGACACAAAUCGAAACUCCAACUGCAAGAAACAAAGAGAAUGUACCAGCAAAGGCAGAGAAGAUCUGAGUGUGCCUGUUGGAUUUCACAAGCACUCAGUGUAGAGCUUGGAUUAGUUUGAAGGUUCUCCAGUCGAGUAUUUGUAUGGAUUAUAAAAAUGUACUGCCAGUAUGCCAAUAUGGUCAUCUUACAAGUUUUCAGACACAACACCGACCACUAAUUUUCUAUUACUUGUCUUUAUUGAAAAUGUGCCAUACUAGGCAAAGCUUAACCAUGAAGCCUUAUUAUUUUCUUGAAGAACAGCAGUUCUGAUGGAUUCUUGCCAGAAUGUGUUAAGGUUUCACCAUGAUUGUUAAUUGCUAGGAUAACUGAUCCCUCUGUGUUUCUGGAUUUAAAUGGAGUAAAAAGCAAUAAUUAAUAUUUUUUCCUCUGUGGAUGAUUAGGCAUUUUUUUUCUUUCCUAAAAUUACCGUAUCUAAUCCUAUUUGUAGUCUUGAAUCCAAGAAAUGGCCUUUUAGAAUCUACAGUUAGGUAGUGCAUAAAACUGUUGUUUUAUGCAUUUGCUGUUAAAUGGUACUGUUUCUAGUCUUCAGAUUGCUGUCACAGUAAGCACAAGCUUGUAUUUUGUAUUGCAGCACAAGUCUACCUGUCAUGCUUUGAUGUGCUCUUUGUAGAUUAACCUCACCAGAGCAUUCAAAUGCAGAUCAUACUUGAUGCUUUUAUGAUUCAUACAUCUAUGUCCUGCAGACCUUGAGCUGGUUAUUUCAGUUCAGGGUUCUCCUUGGAGGGUGGUUCAUGGUGCUUUGAUUAAGCCACCCUUUAAUACAUUUACCCAUUUAUCUAGGUACGUGUCUUUGCCUUGUUCUUUUUUUAGUUGUGAAUGCCCUGCUGCUAUUGUGUACCAUUCAUUUCUAAAAAUACUGCUACAAGCUGUGCUUUUUUUAAUUUCCCAGGCUGCUGGACGGUCUGGAAGUAGACUGAAUGUUCGUAAUCUACUGACAUUUAUUAGUUUUAGUCAGCCUAGAACUACAGACAUUUAUACUGCUACAUAUCAAACAAUUUAUGAACACCUAGUUUUACUUCUCGUUUUGCCAAGGAGAUGACGUGGUCGGCCCUGGAUUGCAGUUUGACCGACAAGCUUGAAAACGUACAUGACAAAGCAGUGUCAUAAAAUAUCGGUUGUCAUGUAAGAGAUAAUCUUAUACAAUAUGAAUUGACACAUGGAAUCAGACAAAUGUAAUUUUACUGUUGAUAAUAAACUCGUAUUAACUUGUAUCUCAGAGCACGGGCACAUGCUUCACUGCACUGCUGAAGUAAUAUCUCUGGGUUCUUUGUGUGCACUAGCGCUUUAUCUGUAUUUAUCUGUAGAAGUAUUUUAGGAUUUGCCAAGAAUAGUUUAUGUGCUGUGGAUGAGACCUGGUGUAGUUUACAUUUUGGUUAACCUUUUUUUGUUUUUACCUGCAUCAUUGAUUGAACAAACAUGAUUGCCAGUCUGCUUGGGACUAUUACACUUUCAGACUAUAAUUAUGUUUAACUCCCAACUUCACUUUAGUGUGAUUGGCUGCCCGUUUGCUGAAUGAUUACAUUUGGAUAGCUCCCCUGCUUGUGAUCUUUGCUGCUCAUUUUUUAUUUUAUUACAGCAAACGCAGAACAUACCUUUACUUUUUCAUGGGCAGCUAGUGAUAGGUACCCAGGGUAGGCUUUUGCCCUCACAGGGCAUUUCAAUUACUUAAUCCCCCCAGGUCUCUCCCCAAUUAUGUAAAUGUUAGACAUAUUUCUUACAUUUAAUGCAGCAGUACUUAAACAAAUAAACAUGCAUGCUACCUACAUGCACACAUGCCCCUCCUCACUGACCCGUGGGUCGAGCUGUUGUCCCAGUGACAAUGCAGGAUGGUCAUCUCAGUGAGAGGUCUGCCCUGUUGAAGUAUGAGCUGGUCUCCUGCACUUACCAAGUGAUGCAUGUAUGCUUGUGUUAACCACAGCAUGGACUGACCACACACAGCCAAGUUAGCUAAACCGUGAGCUGCACUGAGCUUUGGACUGCUCUACGGGAAAUGUGUAAACAUCCUAUUAAGGUUUAAUUGUCAAUCUGGUAUCCUUACUUAAGGGAAAGAUUGUAUUUAAUAGGGCUUCAGACUGCCUUAAAUCACUGCUGCUAGGCCAGGCUUCAGUGCCUUCUCAGUGUUAUUCGAGAUCGUACCAACAAGAUGGUUAGCUCAUUCUUUGUCUUCUUUGCAUUCUUAGAUUAAGAAAGAGGUAGGAAACUCUGGCCUGAAAUGGCAGUGAUGCUUCUGUUUGAGCUUAAUGGCACAGUUUGAUAAAUUAUGGUCCUUAAACCUGAAUGUUCUGAAUGAAUCUGAAUGGUGACAAUGCCAAGUACCUCCAGCACAAGGUCACCUGCUUACAUUAAACCUGAUAACGAAUCCAACUGUGUCGUUUGUGUUCUGGGUGGUGCUAAAACCAGGACUGUAUCUGGCACUCAAGGAACAGGGUUGUCACUCCAGUCUAGAAAGUGGCUGUUCAUAACAGCAGUUUUCAGAAGUACGCUAUACAACAGUUAAUGAAUAUUCAUAAAGUGAAUUGCAGGGCAGAGAAUUACUACUGUGUUGUUCUUGUUAAUGCCCCUUUGUGAAUAUAAAAUGAACUUUCACCUUCAACAAUAACUUCCCAUUUUUAGACUGUGGAGCUGACUAUCUGGUUAGUCUAUAGAAUCAGUGAAGUGUCUCAUUUACAUGCUAAUGUAAAGCAUUUCAUAUUCUUCUUAUGAACCUACCCUGUUCUUUUUUUAUUGUACUGAUUUGUUGUUUGUAUACAUUUUGUCAUGUAGAGUUGAGUACUGAUACUGGAAAAGUAUUUGUGUGAAAUUUAUUUUAUGCAUAUUGUCAUUUAUUUGUCUAUACUUACCAACAGCAGCCUUUCUUUUUACAAAAUUAUUUGCUUCAUUUUCUACCUGUGAAUAUUAAUAUAAAAUUAAUUUCUGUGACCAGUUCUUGCCAACAUCUUUGUGCUGAAAUGCUGACCUGUUUGCUUUUAGAAAAUAUUUUGUAAGUAUGAAGGUACAGCUGCAUUUGUCUUGUUUUUCUCUUUCUCUCUGGAGCAUUCAGUUUGUUUUUUUAGCAGGAGCUUCUAAAAUGAUUGUGGUGAAUGCCCUGCAUUUUUGAUGUUUCAUAAAGCAUGUCUUCACUAUAUGAAUGCGUUUCCUAUUUUGUGUUCAAGCUUCUUCUUUUUGAAUGUGCACAGCAUCCAGGACACUCAUGUUUGAAAUGUUGUACUUGAAAUGUUCAGAUUUAAAACAAUAUUUUUUCUGGCAUGUCUGGUGCUGGUGGUCUUCUGAAUAUUUUUUCAUGAUGGUAUUAAAGGGGCCCAGAAGAACCCACAAACUGGUCAAUAAAUGUUUGGGUGCUCAUCAGAGCAGAAGUUAUUAGGAUUACAGUUACAUUAUUAUUGUACAUUUCUUUUUGUAACAACUAGCCAAUUAGCUUCUUCUAGAUGGAUGGUUAUUGUUAAAUAUACUAACCCUAGGUGGCAAGUCAGGUAAAAUAUCACAUUUGUACCAGUAAUACUCCUCACUGCUUGUGUAGGACAGCAUUAUUGUUGAGGUGAGGUGCUACCAAAUAUUUUGAGAAAUUAUGUGUCUGGUGGAUAAGAGCAAGACCUUUUUUAUGACAGCAUUUUGAAAAAUGUUAAUGGACACAUUUGUUUGGUACCACAAUCCAUUUCUUGAAACCUGUUUGAAAGUGCCAAUUUUUUUUGUGAUGGGCACAUUGUACACCAAUUUUGAGAAAAUAUUUUGGGAUUGCGCUGGGUUUUGUGGCAGAAGCUGAAAAAAAUAAACUACACAGUGAACAAAA